UUUUUGUUCCCAACUCUCGCUCGCUCCCACUCUCCUAAGCCCUCUCUCUCUCUCUCUCUCUCUCUCUCUCUCUCGCUAGCUACGAGAAAUGGUGGUAGCAUCAGCUUUCUCAGCGCCACUGAGCUUCUCAUUCGCUUCUUGCCACAGAACCUCUUCUCUUCAUUUGUUUUCUCUCAGAAACCCAUCGUCGAAGUCCACAGUCUCUGCCUUGCAGAGUCCGUACGGAGAUUCGUUAACAACUGGAUUAUCUAGUAGAACUUGUGGGUCACCUCUAAAGCUUGACGUGAAGGAUUUUGGUGACACUAGCACAAGUUAUGGUGCAAUAGAAGCCAGAAAAGGGAAUCCACCCAUACUUCCAUCUGUGAUGACCCCUGGCGGACCUUUGGACCUCUCAUCUGUAUUGUUCAGGAAUCGCAUAAUCUUCAUUGGGCAGCCAGUCAACUCAUUGGUGGCUCAACGAGUCAUAUCCCAACUUGUUACUUUGGCUACUGUUGAUGAGAAUGCGGAUAUUCUGGUGUAUUUGAACUGCCCUGGUGGGAGUACAUACUCUGUGUUGGCAAUUUAUGACUGCAUGUCUUGGAUCAAACCUAAGGUGGGAACAGUGUGUUUUGGAGUAGCGGCAAGCCAAGGAGCACUUCUUCUUGCUGGUGGAGAAAAGGGAAUGCGCUAUGCGAUGCCAAAUGCGCGAAUCAUGAUACACCAACCACAGAGUGGAUGUGGGCCUUGCAUAUGCUUGAGAGGAUAUAAAUCACUUUAUUGGUAGCUUCAGUAUGCCUUGCAUGAUGACAGAAAUGCCAGAUUCUCUAGUCUCUUUAUUGGUUCUACCAAGAGUGGUUAAGUACUAUUAUUUCAUACUCAAGGAGGGUUAUGAGCACCAACCAUCAAACGUUGGGGUGGAAUUGGGGUCGAGCUGCUCACCAAGAGGUUUUGAGUUCGAUUCCCACCAACAGGUUGGGGUGGGCAGGCCAAUUCCCUGGAGAUGAAAGCGUGUACGUGCGUGACAUCAUGAGGGUGGCCCGGGGAUCCAGCUUGACCUGGCCCUUUCGUCUGGCUCACGUGGGGGGGCACCCUUUCACAGCUCCUUGGUGGAUACCACCCUCUCCCCUGGAGUGUUUUUUUUAACACCAAAAAAAAAAAAGGAGAGUUAUGAGUGAGAAGAUCUCUUAAUCUAUUACCAAUUUUUGUAUUAAAAUAUAAAUGUAUUAUUUACAAGUGGGAAGAAGAUAUAAAUGUAUUAUUUAAAAUACCAAUUUUUGUUUGUUGUCCCCUUUUAUCCUGUAACCAUAAUUGCAUGAAAUGGUAUAGUAAUACAUUAGCUUCACAUAUUUGUAGUUGAGUUUGGCAUGUACAGUCAACAAAUUGAAAUGGUUGUCUGAGACCUUAUGUUAUCGAUUUGUUUCAAAUUCAUGAAUUCUUUGUGCCUAAAAUAAAAAAGGAUUUCUUAUAUAUUACACAAUCUGUUU